AAGUGGACGGUACCAUAACAGCGUCGUUUAAAUUGCUUAGAAGAAAGCAGACAUUAGCUCAUAUUCGUAGAUGUGACGUUCAUAAAUUACAUUAAACUCACAACCAAUUCAGCUAAAGGAAGGCCGUGAAUAAAUAUCUAAGUAUUUGACGUCGAUUCUUCCGGAUUAGAUGAAACUCGAUUGGUUUGUCCCACUUCCGGUUCUUGCGACAACAACGCAGUGCACAUGGGGUACGGACUCUAGCUAGCAUCAGAUAGCGUUUUACAUUUUGUGAGAUAUUUUAACAGAGGACUUUAGUGACAACAUCAGAAGUUAUGGGCAAGAAGAAGGCCGGCGGAGGAGUCGGACUGGGCCGAGCUCUGAUAAAAGAGAGACUUCAGGCAGGCCGAGGAAACAAGAGAGGCGACUCAUGGCUCCACACCAGUGAGCUGAAUGAUGGCUAUGACUGGGGGAGGCUGAACCUGCAGUCAGUGACAGAACAGAGCUCCAUGGAUGACUUUCUGGCCACUGCCGAACUGGCUGGAACAGAAUUUGUUGCAGAAAAACUCAACAUCAAGUUUGUGCCAGUGGAAGCUAGAGCAGGUUUGUUAACAGCUGAGGAGAAAUCCAGGCUGGCAACGCUGCAUGAAGAGAACAAGCAUUUCCUCAGAAUUCCACGGCGCCCCCACUGGGAUGAGAGCACCAGUCCAGAGGCGCUUCAGCAAGCAGAGAAAGACAGCUUCUUGGAGUGGAGACGAGAGCUUGCCGAGCUGGAAGAGGAACAGAAGUUAAUUCUCACCCCAUUCGAGAGGAAUCUGGAGUUCUGGAGACAACUGUGGAGAGUGAUCGAGAGGAGUGAUGUCGUCAUUCAAAUUGUUGAUGCCAGAAAUCCUUUGCUGUUCAGAUGUCCUGACCUGGAGUUGUACGUAAAGGAAGUGUCAAAGCAUAAGGUAAAUAUGCUGCUGGUGAAUAAGGCAGACCUGUUGACCAGGGAACAGAGGCGGGCCUGGGCCAGACACUUCCAGAAAGAGGGGCUGAGGGCAGUUUUCUGGUCUGCCCUGGCUGAGGGCAACAGACUGGAUGCAGAAGAAAAGGGCAUGGAAGUGGACGAUCCAGAGUUUGGAGAAAGCGAGCCAGAAGAUGAAGGACAGCCAGACAACGAAGAUGUGACCGAAAAGGGGGCACACAGAGAUGAAGAGGUGAAGGCAGAAGAGGAGGUGGGGGAUGAAGAGAGUGGUACAGAGGAAGAGGAGCAGGAGAAGAUAUCUGUAGAAGAGGAGGACUGGUACACCUGCUCAGAAGACGAGCAUGAGGAAGAGAAAGGGACUGCUCGUUCAUCCGGGGAAGCCACCUUCUACAACUCCAGCCGUCUGCUGCAUAAGGAUGAGCUGCUGGAAGUGUUUAAGGCUGCUCACAACGGGCAGAAAUGUAAAGAUGGACAACUGACAGUCGGACUGGUCGGUUAUCCAAAUGUUGGUAAGAGUUCUACCAUCAACACUAUUCUAAGGAACAAGAAGGUUUCCGUUUCAGCCACUCCGGGACACACUAAGCACUUUCAGACUCUGUACGUGGAGCCAGGUCUGUGCCUCUGUGACUGCCCGGGUCUGGUGAUGCCCUCCUUUGUUUCUACCAAAGCUGAGAUGAUCUGCUCUGGGAUCUUGCCCAUCGACCAGAUGAGAGAUCACGUACCUGCAGUCUCACUUAUAUGUCAGACGAUCCCUCGGCACGUGUUAGAGGGCACCUAUGGCAUCAACAUCAUCCGACCACGAGAAGACGAAGACCCUGACCGGCACCCAACUUACGAGGAGUUGUUGAUGGCUUAUGGAUACAUGAGAGGCUUCAUGACGUCUCAUGGCCAGCCCGAUCAGUCCAGAUCAGCCCGGUACAUCCUGAAGGAUUAUGUCAACGGAAAGCUUCUGUACUGCCACCCCCCUCCACAUAUUAAAGCUGAAGACUUCCAGCCGCAGCACAACAAGUUCCUGAAAAAAGACUUGGACUGCUGUGACCUCUCCUCAACAACAAGCAAUAAGAAAAUCAAGAGAAUUGAAAAUGUAGUCGACAAGAACUUCUUCCAUCAGGAGAAUGUACGGGCGCUCUCCAAGGGGGUUCAGUCUGUCAUGGGCUACAAGCCAGGCAGUGGACCUGUCGGCCCAGGAAAAGCUGGAUCAGAAGCAGCGCCGGGAAAACCCUGGAAGAAACACGGCAACAGGAACAAGAAAGAGAAAGUACGCCGUCUGAACAAACAUCUGGACGCCUGAGGUUGAUCUGAAAUCAGAACACUUUUAAUCACAGAUCAUUUCAGCUGGAAUGGAAAAAACCCCUCAAGUACAGUUCAUGUGAUUCCAAAGGAAUUAAUGUGGAGCAGUAUCUGUAGGUAGAUUCAGGACCUUUAAUCCCAUGUGGAGUAUGGCGUGUCAGGCUGUGUUGAUUUUAACGAAUGAAGCGCAUAAUAAUGUCCUGCACCACUCUGUUAGAAAAUCAUAUCGGUGCAAAGCAUUCCAUCAACCGGAUCAGCAAUUCCUCACCGGGUCUCAGCAUGAUCUCCGAAUUUUAUAAAACAUUGAAAAGGACAUUUUCAGUCUGUAUUUAGAAGUCACUUUGAAAGACACAACAUUUUUGUUAAAAAAGAUAUAUUAUUGUGUUUUUCUGCAUAUACAGUUGAGAUGAAAUAAUAAAUUUUCAUAUUGGUGUUUCCCUUUACAUGUGUAUUUCCAAAUGUUUGGAAUGCCAUGUUGAAGUUAUCAACCUACAGGGGCACAUAGAUUCAUUUUGUGGUUAUUUUCUUCAAGAGCCUUAUUUGCUGCAGUUUUGGGGUAGAUAAAUUCACAUUAAUCAAUAUUUUUAUGUCAAAAUUUAAUGAUACGGCUGUCAUUUCAAGCAAUAUGAUGUUUGCUAUUUUGUUGGAUCUGGUUAAUUACAUAAUGUUGCUUUGAAAAUUCACCAAAAUUAAAUCUGAAGAUGUAAAAAAGUGUAUGAAUUGUAGAGAUAGCCGAAAAAUAAGAGGUGCUGCAGUCGUUAAACAUCUAGAUUUGAUCUGAAUAUUGUCCUUUUGUUGAUGUUUGGACCUUUCUGUUGAAUAAAUGUAUCCCCAAGAGGAGUGUAUUGUAUAUGAA